AUGUCAGUUGAUUUCGAAGGAUAUGCACUAGAAGAUUCAGAAAAGCAUUCGUUUAGUGAAUAUCCAACUGUUGAUGAGUACAUGGAUAAGAAUAUGGCAUUUAAAGAAGGUACUUUUAACAAUUAUGAUCAAAUUCAAAAAGGCUGGAUAGCAGAUUACUAUAAUUAUAUGGUUGAAGAGGAGAAAAGUGGCAUAAAUAUUGAUGAGAGCUGUCGAAAAUACUAUAGAACAAAAUAUCAUACUCCCAUUUAUGAUGAAGACAAGCUUAAAAGGCCAGAAUGGAAAAGUAAUAGUUCUUAUAAGAUCCAGAGAAUUGAAAUGAAAUGGAAUUUUCACGGUACAUCAGCAUUAUUUAAAAAAUCUUUAAUAAUCCACUUAUUAAUGAACCUAAAUCCUGAUGAUGAAGUAGUUUAUUCAUAUACUUUUAAAAGUUCUGAUAAUGAACUAUUUAGAUCAGAUGUUUUAAGAAUUGUUUCAGAAACAAUGACUCAGCUUGGGCUUGGAGAAUGUUUUCGCGAAAUGCUUGAUAGCCAAGGCAAAAAAAUCGGUUUUUUUAUAUGUAUAAAUAUAAAUCCCGACAAAAUUACCAAAAAGAACUAA